CUCGGGAAAUUUCAGCUGAAGAGUAAAAACGAGAAGCGUUGCCGCCUCAGCCGCUAACUAUUAGCUAUUGAUUGCUGCUGUUUUCUUCUCUGCACCUCACGAUUUCUGUUUCGUCGGUGUUUUUAUUUCUUAAAAAAGUUAAUGUGUAAAAACCGCCGGCGUCGAAAUUUCGAGUGAAAUCGUCAGCUUCAGCUUGUGAAGAUGGAAGAAUUGUUGAAUAAUAAGACAUUUGCCGUGCACGGCGCCGCUGCGGCGGCGUCAGUGGCCCUAGGAACCGCCGUGACAUACCCGCUGGAUACUCUCAAAGUCUUGGUGCAGGUUGGUUCCACCGGUAAGAGGCCGUUGGCUGCAGCUGAUGUUUAUCACAGAGUGCGAGUUUUAUCGGGAUAUUCAGGUUUGUACAGUGGCGUUGGGUGGCUGACUUUGGGAAGAACGCUGGGUCUCGGUGUUCGCUUUGGUGCUUAUGAGAUUUUGACCGCUUUCUACAAAGAUGGUCGCGAGGACGAUCAUUUACUUCUCUCCGAGGCUCUACUGGCAGGGUUUGCUUCUGGAACAGUCGAAUCAUUCAUAAGCUCUCCAUUUGAAAUGAUCAAAGUUCGUGCUCAGGUUGCUUCUGCUUCUGGCAAUAUGCCCCCGCCACCCAUUGUUGAAAAGAGUGCUUUUCCUCCCUUAGUUUCGAGAUUGCUUCCCAGAUAUUCCCUGGAUAUGAAUGCAAUGAGCAAAUCCAUGGGCCUUUUGUCCACCUUGACCAAUAGAAAUGGAAACAUAUUGGAUUCCUUGAAAGAAUACCCAUGGAUGAUGACAGGAUCUGGGAAACCACCUCCUGUUAGCAAUGUUCGAACGUUAUCAGAAAUUGUUUCUCUGGAAGGAUGGACGGCUCUCUGGAGAGGUUAUAGAUCUGGUAUAGUGAGAGAUUCCAUUUUUGGUGGCUUAUUUUUUGGGAGCUGGCAAUUUUUACACCAAGUCAUGAUCAACUGGAAAGCUGUGAAUAUGGAUCCUAUGCCAAGGUAUGACAGUGAAGUUGGUCCAUUGUCUCCAGUAGCUGUUAGUCUUUCAGCUGGAGUUUCCGGUGCCUUUGCUGCAGCUGUUUCGCAUGGUUUUGACACCACAAGAAGUCGAUCACAGUGCACUGUUUUACCUAAGUACUUAUCCUUGGAGAGGAAAUUUUUGAAGUGGCGUAAGUCAGGGAACAGAUUUGAGAGGCUCACUGGAAUCCACCCGGCUGACAGAAAUUUACUGCUGAAUGGCAUAGGAUUACGGAUGGCCCGUUCUGGACUCGCAUCAUCUGUCAUCGUUGGAAGCUACUAUUUCGCUAUCAAUCACAUGGUCUCUAGUUAAAGAGUCCUUUAUUUGCAAGAUUCAAAUUUAAACCUUCUAUUGAAAAUUUGGACUUGGCUUAACAUACAAAAGAAGGAAUUCCUUGAAUGCUUCUUAUUGCAACCAGAUACAGCCUUCAUCUCCCUUAGAAUAACAAGGCUGCUACAGAGUUUAUCUUCCUUCGUAAUGUCAGGUUCAUACUUUCCUUUUGCUGGAUAUAAUCUUAUAUCUAUUGCUUUUGUCCCAUUACAUGUGAAGAUAGUCCUUCAUAACUAGUGAAACUCUGCUUAUAAUAA